GUUUAAAUGCACGUGGGAACUGUCGAUGUGUUUUUGUUUUGAUAUCACAUUAAAAAUAAAAUAUGGUUUUAAUUAAUAACUAUGCGGCAGAAAUGCCAAAAAAUAAAAAGAUUAUUUUUGACGAUGAAGGAGAUGUGGCUACCGAAGACAAAGUAGUUAAAAAGAAAAAGGACAAAUCGACAAAUGCUCUCAGAAGUGAUGAUGAUAGGGCUACACCCAAAAGCAAAGUCAAAAAGGAAAAGGGGAGCCUUCAAAACGGGUUUCCGCAUCAAAGGGUUGCUGAUGAAGAUGAAUCGGAGAAGCCAAAGAAAUGGUUUGAGGUGUAUUCGCAAUUUCCAACAAAUGAGGACAUUCUAGACAUGAAAGACAGUGAGCAAAUGGAACUAUACAAUUUGUGUCGCAGUUCAUACGAUCAAGAGAAAUCAUCAUUUAACAAAAAAAAUCCAUCGGAUGCUAGAUGGCUGCAGACCGCCCUACACAAAGGUACUGCAAAGGAUCGUGCAAAUGCUGGAGCUCUUUUAGUAACAAGUAAUCCUUUGGGAAAUCUGGAGUCACUUUCAACUCUGAUUGGAUUUACAAAAGUAUCCAACAAAUCUUGCGUGGAGGUUAUAGCAACAAUUACAGAUUUAUGGAAAGAAGUUCUAUUGCCCUCACAUCGUAAGUUAUACUCCAUUCAAAUGCGGUGCGCAGAUUGGAAGGCAGUUCGUAAAAAUACAGAUCUAACAAAGGAACAACAGAGAAAAAUAUUUGCGUAUUGGCACUUUGAAAAUGAGCUUAAAGAUCUCUACUUUGAAUUUCUCAAGAACUUGCAACAGGGUAUACAAACUGGCCAGGAAAACAAUAAAACCGCAGCAAUUGUUGCUGCUUCCCAACUGCUGGCAUUUGCCCCCGAAAAGGAACAAAUGCUUUUAACCAUGCUCAUCAAUAAACUUGGCGACCCCUUGCCAAAAAUAGCCUCAAAGGCGUUGCAUCAUUUAACAGAAGUGGCACAUAGACAUCCCAAUAUGUGCGGUGUGGUAGUCACUGAAGCAGAGAAACUUCUCUUCCGUAACAAUGUAUCCGAGCGUGCUCAACACUUUACUCUCUGCUUUCUUGCUAGCAUAGCUCCUGCUGGUAGGCCAGAGGUCUGUACCAAAUUGGUCAAUAUAUGCUUUGCCUUGUUUAAAGUCUUGGUGCAAAAGGGCACUGUCAACAGUCGCACUAUGCAGGCUAUUUUAAGAUGUUUACAAAAGGCCAUAGUCGACGCCAAGCCUGCAGAGGGCACCAAUGAAAUUUUAAGUAAGGACAUGCAAGACACGAUAUACCGUUUGGUCCAUUUAGCCGACAUACAAGUUUCCAUACAAACUCUGGGAUUACUGUUGCAAUUGGUGACUGUAAAAACGGAGAAAGGUGAUCGUUUUUAUAAUGCCCUUUACAAGAAGCUGUUAGACAUGAACUUAACAACUAUUGGCUCCAAGGCAGCCUCUCAGCUGCUGCACAUAGUGCAUCGAGCGAUAUUUAUUGAUUCACAUGUGCCUAGGGCUCAGGCUUUUAUAAAAAGGCUGCUGCAAUUAGCUUUGUAUGUUCCUUCAAAUAUGGCGGCUGGUUGUUUGAUAGUUAUUCAAAAAUUGUUGCAGACACGCAAAGAACUUUGCCUCGACAACACCAGUAAUGGGGAGCGUACGACACCCAUUACUCCCACAAUUCUCGCUUCAGAUGAAGAAAUGAAAAAGUUCGACAGCGACGGAGAGGAAAAAUAUGAAGAUGCCCCCGAAGAUGAUGAACAGGUAGAUGAAUGCAAGCAAAAUGACGAAAGUAAAUCGGUUCCAUCAUGGCAUCAUUCGAAAGUAUCUUCCAACAGCAAUACAGAGACCAAAACAAAAGAAUUGUUCGCAAGUAAAUACGACCCAUACCACCGAGUUCCGGACUUUGCAGGUGCAGAGUUUGUCUUAAAGAAUGAAUUACUGUUAAUGCGCAGCCAUUUUCACCCUACGGUGGAAGUUUUCGCCGAAAAUAUUUUAAAUAACAAACGCAUUGAUUAUUAUGGAGAUCCAUUAAAAGAUUUCGGUUUAGCACAUUUCUUGGAGAGAUUUUCAUUUAAAAAUCCCAAGAAAUUAGACAAAACUUCUGUCACCACACUGCCACAUAAAACUGCGUAUACCUCAUAUGGUACCCGUGGUAUGCCGGUCAAAUCGCUUACGAAAACCAAUUGCAGUGAAGAGGAGAUGUUUAUAUUCAACUACCUAGAACAGAAACGCAAACAAGUGGAAUUGUACCAGAAGACAAAGGACUCGAGAACGGACGCCGACGAAGAAGAUGAUGGCGAAAAAGUUCGCCAUGCCGAUGUUGACGAUGAUGAAUUCGAAGAAUACUUGGAUGGAUUUUUCGGUAAAAAAUCAAAGAAAUCGAAAGCAGGCAAAGAACAGGACAGCGAUGAUGAUGAUCUAGAUUUCCUUAAGGACCUUGGGGGAGAAUCAGCAAUGGAUGAAGAUAAACCUAAAAAGGCAAAAAGUAAAAAGAAACCAAUGGAGGAAGACGAUAAUGAGGAUAUUGAUGCAGACUGGGGUGAUGGUGAUGAUGACGAUGACGAUGACGAAGAAGGAAAUGUUGAUUUUGAGGCAAGUGAUGUUUCUGAUGACGAAGAGGGUUCUCUAGAUGUUGACGAAGACAACGAAGAAGAUGAUAACGAGAGUGAAGAAGAUCUUGAUGACAGUGGUUCAAUACCCGAGGAUUUGAGCGACAAUGAAAAUAUAUCUGGGAGCGAAAGCGAUGAUGAAGAUGAAAUGCUUCCGCCCAAAUCCAAGAAAUCUAAGAAAGAGCAUGGAUCAUUGGAUGAACGAGGAUUUGCUAAAAAAUUGAAACAUAGUACAGAUAUGAGUUCUUUGUUUGCUGCCGCUGAUGACUUUGCGGAAUUAUUAGAAGAAACGGGUAAAGUGAAAGGUCAAGGCACUUCAAAUGCCGUUUUCAAUCAGGACAAGUCUUCACAAAAACAAUUAAAAUGGGAAGAAAAACGUAGAUCAGGUUCAAAGAACUACACACAUAAAUCACAAAAGAGGGGCAAAGGAAAGUUUUCCAAAAGAAAAUAAAUUAUUUUUUUAUUUUUAGCUCAAAAAGAAAACCACAUUAAUUUAAUUAAAAAAAAAUUGGAAACUUGAAAAUUGUAUACUAGAAAUUGAAUAAAAAGAUAUAAUACAUACAGAAAGUUCAAAUCACCAAAUUUAGUUUCCACAUUGGCAGAGCAUAGAUCCAAUAAUGAAUUUCAAAAUAAAAUUCUUACAUUCUCACGUUUAAUCGACCUUUGUUAUAUAUUGAAAACAAAUAAAAUUGUUAAGCAUUUUGACCAAAAUCUCGGCCUGAGUAGUUA